CUUAUAGUUAUUGUGCAAGUGCGAGUGUGACUAUAACAAAUAAUCCUGGAUAAAAAUGCGAGUGUAAAUGCCAAAACCAUAAAGUUCUCUGCUCUGUGUGUGUGGGGUGUGUGUCUGUCCAUCCAUAACCAAGGCAACUAGACAAACAAACACACAGACACAGGCACAGACUGGUGUAAGCGGAGACCCACACACCCGCGCGUUCCCCUCGCACAGAUACUCGUACGAAAACAGCUCAAACAUCAUCAUUUGGCAGCUCAGAAGGCGUUAAACACAUUUAAGCCGGGUCAAGUGGUUUCAGGGCAGCCACAGAAUGGUGGUGCAGUGAGUGUGAUUGUGAGUGCUGGAACCCUGGAACACAAUGAGUGACCACAAUUACAUGGAGGCGGCAGUCGCCGCCAAUGGCAGCAGCGGAAUCGAUCCGCUGUUAAUGCUGUCCAAUUUGGACGGAAUCGGGGCGAGCGUGGAGCUGCAGUGCCUGGUGCAGGAGCACAUGGAUUCAACGACCUACGGCAAUGCCAGCGACCACUGCCUCACCCAGUUCGACUCGAUCCUGUGCUGGCCCCGAACGGCGCGCGGCACUCUGGCCGUGCUCCAGUGCAUGGACGAGCUGCAGGGGAUACACUACGACAGCAGCAAGAACGCCACCCGCUUCUGCCAUGCGAAUGGAACGUGGGAGAAGUACACCAACUACGAUGCCUGUGCCCAUCUACCAGCCUCCCACUCGGUGACGGAGUUCGAGGUCAUUGUGGAGCUGCCAACCAUCAUUUACUACAUCGGUUACGCCCUCAGCCUGGUCUCGCUCAGCCUCGCCCUGAUUGUCUUUGCCUACUUCAAGGAGCUGCGUUGCCUGCGCAACACCAUUCACGCCAAUUUGUUCUUCACGUACAUCAUGUCGGCUUUGUUCUGGAUACUGUUGCUAUCGGUGCAGAUCUCCAUUCGAAGCGGACAGGCAAGCUGCAUUGCCCUGGUCACGCUCUUCCACUUCUUCACGCUGACGAACUUCUUCUGGAUGCUGGUGGAGGGCCUCUAUCUGUACAUGCUGGUGGUAAACACCUUCUCCGGCGACAACAUACGCUUCAACAUCUACGCCUCCAUCGGAUGGGGUGGUCCGGCCCUGUUUGUCAUUACCUGGCUGGUGGCCAAGAGCCUGACUGUCAGCUACAACAGCUCCGAGAAGUAUGACAUCAAUUGCCCGUGGAUGGAGGAGACGAAUGUGGAUUGGAUAUUCCAGGGACCCGUCUGUGCAGUGCUGCUCAUCAAUUUAACCUUCCUGCUGCGCAUCAUGUGGGUGCUCAUCACCAAGCUGCGCUCGGCCAAUACCGUGGAGACGCGCCAGUAUAGGAAGGCGGCCAAGGCGCUGCUGGUGCUCAUACCCCUCUUUGGUAUCACCUACCUGGUGGUGCUGGCCGGGCCGUCGGAGGUCGGCCUCAUGGGUCACAUGUUCGCCGUUCUACGUGCUGUUCUGCUGAGUACACAGGGCUUCUCCGUAUCGCUGUUCUACUGUUUCCUCAACUCGGAGGUGCGCAAUGCCCUGCGACACCACAUAUCCACGUGGCGGGACACGCGUGACAUCCAGCAGAGCCAGAACCGACGGUACACCACGAAAAGUUUCUCCAAGGGAGGCAGCUCGCCGCGGGCUGAGAGUAUGCGGCCUCUGACCAGCUACUACGGACGCGGCAAGCGGGAGUCCUGUGUAAGCUCGGCCACCACCACGACACUGGUGGGGCAGCAUCCCCCCUGCCUCGCCCUGCACCGGGGCUCCAACAACGCCCUGCACACCGGAGGCGGCAAUACCACAUGCUCAGGCAGUACACUCAGUGUUAUGCCCCGUGCAAUCAGUCCUCUGAUGAAGUUGCAGCAAGGGCUCGAGGAGAACUCCGUUUAGAGACAACUCCCCAGAGAAGAUUUUAGCAAGGCAAGUGCAUCUUAAGAGACUGAACUUUCAUUGAAUUCCAUUUCCGAACGGAGAUCUGCGAGUGCGAUGAGGUAGUACUAGAUAUUAGCGUGAAUGGCGAUGAUGGAAGGAAGGAGACCAGGUACCAGGCCCAGCCACAGCCACAGCCCCCAAGCCACAGCAGAGCAGCAAAACCAAGUUAAAUGUCGUCUAGGUGAACCACUUACCAACCAAACCCCCCCACCUACACCUAAACCUACACCUAAACCUACACCUAAAC